AUGCCAGAUAAGCUCACUCUAGAAGCAGCCCGUCGGCGCUUCAAGGAACCAAUUUCCAAGCCGUUUGCUAUCAUAUACACAAUUAUUUCGUAUAUCUUUCAUUCGUUUAUCGCUACUGCAAAUUAUGUUUUGUCGAUUAAGCAAACGUUUUUGCCAUCCGCCAAUGCACCCACUUUUAUAAAGACCUAUGCUUGUCGACCAAAGCUGCCCAUGAGAAUAUUCUAUCCAAAAUCGUUCGUUGCAAACUCACAGAAGAAGCUGCCGACUAUCCUCAGCAUUCAUGGUGGUGGUUUCGUCAUAGGCGACCCCCGAGACGAUGAUCACUUUAACUACACCUUCGCCAACAUGCAUUCCGUCAUUGUUAUUGCUUUAAACUACUCCAAAGCACCACGCGUGCGCUUCCCCACGCCAAUCUACGAUCUUGAGCAACUCAUCCUUGCAAUCCUAUCUGAUUCGUCUUUGCCCAUUGACCAAGACCGUGUUGCACUCAUGGGUUCGUCUGCCGGCGGAAACCUUGCUCUGUCUGUCUCUAUACUACCUAGUAUGUGUGGUAGUGGAGAUGGCGUGCGACGUAUCAAGACUGUCAUCCCCAUGUACCCAGUGGUCGACAUGUCUGUAAGGCGAGAAUACAAGACCCAGACACGCCAGUACAAGCCUUCACUCGGGGGCUUUCGAGCGCAGCCGUAUGACUUCCUUCUUCAGCUUUCGCCAGUAUUUGACGCGGCGUAUACUCUGCCUUCUCAGGAUCUACAAGAUCCUUUGCUCAGCCCUAUCUACGCGCCGAAAGAGACCCUGCCGCCUAACAUUUUCUUCAUUGGCAUUGAACUUGACAUGCUAGCUGGAGAGGCCUGGAGAAUGGCGUGUGAGCUGGCAGGUAUCGAAAUGGCGGGCCAGACUGUUGGAAGAUCUCAGACUGGUCCUGAAGGAAAGCUCAUUCUCGAUGAUGAGAGAUUCUCAUACGAGGUGAAGACAGAGGAUGGGAGUUAUCGUUGGUUAUUGAUUCCUGAUCAGAUCCAUGGGUAUGAUCACUACCAGAAGAUGAAGAUCUUGCACAGAGAUAGUAGACUAUCGAAGGAUGCUGAGCUGAAGACGAAGGAGGCUCAGAAGCUAAUAGGGGAGUGGCUAUUUAAAGGCCCGUUUGCUUGA